UUCCCGCGCAUGCUCCAUCAGAGGGCGCGGGCUGACAGCUGCGCUCGGCGCCAGCCCGGGCACUGAAGGAAGCAGCGCAGCGGCGACCGCGGGCGCGGGGCGCAGAGCACUGGGCACGGGUGAGACGGGCGCUGCUCCCAGACCCCAGUGGAGGCGGCCUGUGGAGGAGGAAGGGCUGCUCCAAGGGGGCACAGAACCAUUGGACAGCCAUUGGAUAGACUAUGGCCAAGGGCUUAUGGGAAGAUGGGCAGCACUAAAGAGACAGCCAGCCUGCAGUUGUUGCAUCAAGAGCCUGGACCCCACCUGCCACAGGUUGCUCAGUCCGCCUCUCUCUGCGAUCAGGUUAGGAGCUGCCAAACUUCAGACCUGGCCAUGAGGAACUGCUGUGUGAGUGAGCUGGGCCUCCCUCUUGAAGCAGCCAGCUCUGAGCCCCAAGAUCAGCCCAAGAAGGAGGCCUCAGAGGUGAGUCUGGCACCUAGCCACCCUUCUGGGCCUACAGAAUUGGCAUCUGGCUCAGAGAAACAAUUACCACUGAGUCCAAAAGAACUGGGUCCUACUGGAGGAUCCCUGGUUUGCUCCUCUGAUUCCAAGCGCUCCAGCCCCUCUCCAGCUUGGGCCACCAGGGGAAAGGAGGAGUCAGGAGAAGAGGCCACUUCGGGUCUACCAGUCCCCCAAGAGGAGGCUAUAAUAGAGACUUCAGGCCUGCUGCCAGCUUCAACCUCAGGGAAGCCAGAUCCUGUGUCCUGUGAGAAAAAGGAUCCCAUAUCCUUGGGGAAAAGAAAUUCUGUGACCUUGAAGAACAUGGAUCCCAUGUCCUCAGAAAAAAAUGAUUCCACCUCUAUGGAGAUGAAGGAUCCUUUGUCCUCAGGAAGAUCAGACCCAGCAUCACUGAGGAAGGGUGGUCCUGUGUCAUUAGAGAAGGCAGAUCCCGUAUCCUCAGGGGAAAUGGAUCUCUCGACCCAGGGGAAGGCAAGUCCCAUGUCCAUGGGAAGGAUGGAAUCCAUCUCCUUAGGGAAAGCAGAUUCUUCAUUCUUAGAGAGGACAAACUCUAUGCCUUCUGGGGAGACAGAUCCCAUGUUCUUAGGGAAAGCGGAUUCUCUGCCCUUGGGGAAGGAAGCUGCCACUGCUUCAGGAAAGACAGAUUCUUUGUCUUCAGGGAAAGUAGAUUCUGUGGCCUCAGGGAAGGCAGAUCCCAUGUCCCUGGGGAAAGUGGACCCCGGGGCCUUGGGGAAGGAGGAUGCCACUGCCUCAGGAAAGGCAGAUCCCAUGUCUGCAGGGAAGGUACAUCCUGCAUCCUUUGGGGAGACAGCUUCCACAUCUCUGGGGAAAGUGGAUGCUGUACCUUUGGGGAGGGCAGAUCAUAUGUCCUCUGGGGGGGUGGAUCUCACAUCCUUAAGAAAAGUUGAUCCAGUGUCCUUGGGAAAAGCAGCUUCCAUUUCUCCAAAGAAAGUGGAUUCUGUGCCCUUGAGCAAUGUGGAUCCCAUCUCCUCAGGGAAGGCAGAUCCUGUUUCCUCAGAGAAAGCAAAACCUAUUCCCUCAGGAAAGGUAGAGCCUAUACUCUCAGGGAAGACAGAUCCCAUCCCUUUGGGGAAGACAGAUCCCACAUCCUUGAGGAAGGAAGAGCCCACAUCCUUAGGGAAAGCAGAUGCUGUCCCGUUGGGGAAGGCGGAUCAUGUUUCCUUGGACAAGGUGGAGCCCACGUCCUUGGGAAAGACAGACUCUGUCUCCUUAGGGAAGGUGGAUCUUGUUCCAUCAGACAAGGUAGAUCCUGUGUCCUUGGGGAAGAUAAGUUCAAUAUCCUCAGGGAAAACAGAUUCUAGACCUUUGGAAAAGGCCGAUCCUCUACCGUUGGAGAAGGCAGCCCUCACAUGCUCCAGAAAGGGGGACUCUGUGUCUUCAGAGAAGUUGUAUCCUUUGCCCUUGGAUAAGGUGGAUCCCCAGCCUUUGGGGAAGGCAAAUCCCGUGGCCAGGGAGGAACUGGAUGCUAUGUCUUUGGGAAAAGCAGGCCCUGUGUCCUCUAAGAAGUCUCUAUCCUCAAAAGAACUUCUCCCAGAAAACUCGAGUCAGAGCUCAGCCUGCCCCAAACCGGAGAUAAUGCCUGCCUCUGACUCCCAGAGAUUGAACAAAGAAAUGGCUGUUUGUGGAGCAUCCCAGGACACCCAAGCUGACUUCAGCCAUAAGUCAGCAGCGGCUCUCCUUGCUACUGGAUCUGGGACCCCCUCAGUGCUGGUGCCUGGGACCCAAGCAGCCACAGAAGAAUCACAAAAAACCAUGUCAGCACCCACAAGCCAAGGAUGGUCAUCAGGUCGCUCUCCCCAGUCAGCCCUGCAGAAGAUGAGCCUGGCUGACCCUGCCAGGGCUGGAGCAGAGGAAAUCCCACUGAGCCCAGAGGGGGUCCAGGAGCUUCCUGGAGCCCCACAAAAAGAAGUAGGCCCAACUCCAGUGAGGGAAGUCAGGACUAGGGAUAAUUUCACCAAGGCACCAUCCUGGGAUGUGAGCGCUCCACAGCAGGAUGCUGGCAUCCAGGCAGACACACGUGCUGUCUGUGUGUCUGUGGCAGUGAGCCCCAUGACCCCCCAGGAUGGUUCAGGCCCCACAACCUUCAGCUUCCAGCCUACUGCUCAGAGCGCUCCAGCCUCCCGGAGUCCUGGCCUCCUGUUAUCCAAGAAGGAUGUAGAGAUGCAGGUGUCCAUGGGUGUGGAGACCCGGUCGGUAGCCACUGGCCCCAUGACCCCAGUGACCACAUCCCCCCAGGCCUCAUAUCCAGAAGUACAGGUGCGAGCGGCUGAGGAAGCCCCAGAGCCUGUGCGGGAGGUCAGCUGGGAUGAGAAGGGCAUGACGUGGGAGGUGUACGGGGCCUCCAUGGAGGUAGAGGUACUAGGCAUGGCCAUCCAGAAGCAUCUGGAAAAGCAGAUCGAGGAGCAUGGGCGGCAAGGGGCACCGUCCGGGCCCCAGCUACCUAACACUCGGGCUGGUUCUCUCAGAGGGGGCCCCCGGCCCGGAGAAGCUAAACGCCCUCCCAGCUUGUUCAGGGCCCUGUUGCAGAGUAUGCGGAGGCCCCGGUGCUGCUCCCGGGCCGGCCCCACAGCCGAGUGAGCCACCCUUCACCUUACCCUAGCUUUGGGUCCUCCCUAUUCCUUUUUAUAAAUCUACACCAGUGUCUUGUGGUUUCUCAGGCAACUUCUCCCCUCCCACCUCCCCCUCCCCCAAUCUCACCUGAAUCCCUCACUUUCACAG